GCUGUUUCCUUGAGUUUGGGAAAUGCAAAAGAUGGCAGACGACACUACGAACGUGUCAACACCUGACUCCGACGUGAAACUUCUGAAAAUUGAGGCGAAAUCUGCUGUGAACGAAGUUAAAUUUGCUGUGAAAUAUGUGGAGAUAUCGGAAAGGCUUUCUAACACGGAUGAGCAAGCUUACCUAAACGUAAAGACGAAGGAAGGAGAUGAGUUCUGUGUGGAGUUGACAGUUCAAGGAUUCCGGAUUGUUGGGACAUCGUUUGAUCAGAUUGAUGGCAACAUUGAGUCUCCAUUCUAUGAGACGAUCUAUGCUCUACUGGACAAGCACAGUCCUCAGUAUAGACUCACAUUUGGGGAGACCUUGGUUGACAAACUCCAGCUUCUUCAAACUGAACUGGAAGAUCAGGAGGAGAAGGUGGAGACUAUCAAAGAUGUAAACAGAACUCACUGAUGUUUACUUAGACGUUGCAGGGUAACACCCCCCAUGGAAAGAUGGAGAGUGUUUUGCCAUGACAAGAGAAAUUUCAUUUCUUAGAUCAUCUUUACCUCUACAGAAGACGAUAAACACAUGCAUGCAAGCAUAUAUGUAAUGUACAUGUACAUGCACUCAACAGCCAUCUGCACCAUUCAGUCUUGAAUGUUCCUGCACCAUCCAGUACAUCUUGGUGUAAAGAUGUGAUUGUGACGAAAAGCUUUUUUCUAGGAUAUUAGCGCAUAAUGUUUUCCACCAUUUUUAAUGGAAUAAUGUCAGAAUUUGCAGACUUCCAUUUUGUGUUAAAACCUACAUGUAUGUUAAACUUGCAAUAUAAUAUUCUUGGCCUUGAACACACACCAGGGGUGGCUCUGGGAAGGAGGGGCAAAGGGGGUGCACGCCCCUCUCCCCUCAUUCACCAAAUUAAAUAAAAAAGAAGAAAAAGAUGGAAGACAGGAAAAUAGUGGAGUACUGACGUACUGUUUGACUCCAGACCCCACGCUUUACAGGCAUUUUACCAUCACUACUUUAGUUCAUGCUCCCCCUGUUUUGGAAAAUGGGGGUCAUACCCCCUUUUUUAAAAAUGACUUGAUAUACAUACAUGUAUUUGGAUAGCUAACAUACCUACAUGUACAUGUGGCUUCUACAAGUUAGAGAAAAUAUCCAACAGUAUCCUUUGCAUCUGAAUGCAGACCAAUUGUGUAGAACUAAAGUAUAUCUAUUUUAUUCUAAAUUAUACUUUAACUGGUACACGUACAAGUUCAUAAUAAAGUAACUGGAACAAAUGAAUGCUUCAUUUGUUUGAGAUGAACCAGAACAUUCUACCGGUAGGUUACAUAUACAAGCAUCAAGGGCACUUUAGAUUAUAUAUAGAUUACUGCUCUGCUUUGUAAGAUGUUAGUCUCUGUUAUUUUAGUACUUCAAGUACAGUUUAGAUUUUAUGUAUUGUUACUUUAAUAUGCUUUUCUCUGUCAUUUUGUUUCCUGACACUGCAUUGCAAUGUACAUGUACAGGUACAUGUACAAUGCUCUCAAAUUUUCAUUAUGGAUAUCUAUGAUUGCUAGCAGUACUAUAGGUGUGACAAAUAUUCUAAAAAGUCUUGACAAUAAUUUUGCAAAUACUUCUAUUUCUCACAGAAAGAGGUAAAAUAUUGAAUCAUGUGCAAUACAUGUACGGUACUAGUAAGUACCCUGGUAAAUUUGAGUAAAGAUACGUACGUAGGUUAAUAUGAACACAAUCUUGUCCUGGUAAAUAAUAUGGGCGAUUCAAAAAAGUGCGCCACCAAGAGUUUGCAACGCAUUGGCCAAGCACAAUACGUGAAAUCAUUCAACUCUUUCCAAGUACACAUUUGGUUGACAGAUUUCGGCCAUAUUGCAAAAAACAAUUUUAAUAUUGGCCGUGCAUGUACAUAUACUUUGGAGUUGGCAGUUUGCCAGAAAGAGUAAAGAACACUUACAGCAGCUGUGUGUAUAGUGGUACAGUUCAUUUUAAAAGGGUUGUUUUGAACACAAUUCUCUGUACAGCUACAAUGUAAUCACAGUGUGCUGAGAUUCAUGGAGCUUAUUAAAUACAUCAAAUACAUGCACUCAUGGGCUCUAAAAUACCGAUAGUUAUUGGAUAACAUCUUCUACACUUUACGUUGUGCAUGUAAUGUACAUGUACCUUUAAUGUACUUGAAAGGUACAUGUAGCUUUGCAUGUUGGGUUUCAAAUCAUACAAACACGGCAAACCUGGCUGGGAAAAAUAGGCUGUUUUCUUUCAUAACACUCUCUUGUUGUAUAUGUUGAUGGCAGUGUUUUCUGCACUCAGAGGGAUCAAUCAGUGUGAGGUUGAUUAGAUCUGAGACUACAGUGAUCAACAGAAGCCUUCCAGGGCAGGUUCUUAAACCACUAAGGUCUGGGUCUGUUGAGUCCAUGAAUACUGAAGAAACAGCAGAUUUAGGCAGCUUACCUGGAAUUUGCGUGGAUUUUGCAUACCUGGCUGAAUUCUUAUUUUUUAUAUGUGUUCAUAAAUUUUUUUCACUGGAAGGUAUUUUUGUGAAUAAUGAUUACCCACUUAAUCCUGCAUAAUAUAAAUAUUAAAUGUACAUCUGUACCUAUCAGACAGGAUUGAAUUAAGUCGGAGUACAUGUAUGUGUAUACGGAACAGAUGCACAAGAAUUGGCUUUGUACAUGCACACCAAGUGUCAUAUUUACAAGCACACCAAGUGUCAUAUUUACAAGCACACCAAGUGUCAUAUUUACAAGCACACCAAGUGUCAUAUUUACAAGCACACCAAGUGUCAUACAUUCAAAAUUCAAAUUUAUUAUUGUCCAUGCAAAAAUUCACAUAGAAAUUUACUUUCCAUUGGCUUGUUGCAAACAAUAAGUUAUUGCAUUCAUGAAUAUUACAAUCAUACUCAAUAAGAAAACAUAAAGAUUGCAUUAAAGUAACAUAAAUGGCAAUCACAGUCUACAAAGAUAAUAAUUCCAAAAUGAUAUUGCAUAUUCUCACCCUUUAUUACCAAUGAAAGUGUGUCGGGGGUAUCCAAACAAAUAGUUACCGCCUCACAUUUGCAUUAUAACAGUGGAUUGAAUUGGGUACAUGUGUAAUUAUUUACAGCACACUAAGUAAUAUAUUAACAAGCACACUAAGUUUUUUAUUUAGAUGCUCACUAAGUUUUUGUUGCUACACUCUACAUGUUUAUUUUAUUUUUCUCUUGUCAGUUUCAAUGCCAAUCCAAAUGGAGUCAUUUUCUAUGGUUUAAAAGAAACAAUUGGAUAUACACUUGCAUGUACUAGAGGAAAUGUAUCACACUGCUCACAGCUAAAAUUAACAGCUUGUCUGUGGUUUAGAGGUUUAUAUUUAUUCAUGGGACCAAAAUUAUUGUUUACUGUAGAUAAGUAAUGUGAAGGCAAACACAUAAUUUGUAGUGUAUUGAAUGCAUUUUGGUGAAUAUUUGCAAGUGUUUCACAGUCUGCCUUUUUUCAAUGUGGGAGUUGUUUUUGUGGAGUGCUUUGAUUUUCAUGUACAAAAUAUAGAAUGCCCACCCUGAAAUAUCCUUGCCUUCCAUUGUACAUUUGGCUUAAAUGACUUAUGUUUCUUUCUGUCAAUCAUAACUUACAAAGUGUGUUAUUGUACAGUAAAAGUCUAGUUUGUAUGUUGUUAAAUGCUGUUUUACUUUGUAAAUUGUCCUGAAUGGAAAUUUGUCACUGAGCUGAAAUGAGACAAUGUAACAAAUUACCUAUUAUUUCCAUUUUAUUUCAUUUUCUUGAUGUAAAAAGAGGAUAUUAUUGCAAAGGGGUUGUCAGAUCGUGGCCCCUCACAAAUAUAUCUGCACAAAUCAGUGUUAGUGUUGGAGAAAAUAAAAUCUCAUUCAGUAUUUGGUUGUGAUUGAAA